CAAACCGAGUCCGCACAGCGCGCUGUGCUGCUUUCCUCUUUCACUCACUCUCAGAGACCAGCUCAGCUCAGCCAGUGGGGGCUGCGGAGACCCGCACACGUCCUUGUUUACUCCUCCUGUACUGCCACAACCGAAAUGCUACUCUCUUUGAGAAGAUAACAUUGUCCUGGCUGUGGAAGUGGACUGGAGCUCCUCACCCUGACCGAAAGCUACACGUGGGACGGAGGAGAAGUUAGCUAAACAAACCUUCAUAGUGUGAAGAGCACAGAACCUUCUUUUACAUCCACCACUGGAAAAGGCCACAAUGAGUGCCAGAUCAGCAAUCAACAAAGAGAUCUUCACACCACAUGAUGAGAGGAUGCUGGCAGCUGUGCAGGUGAAGAGGAGGACGAAGAAGAAGAUUCCCUUCCUGGCUACAGGUGGACAGGGCGACUACACCACUUUCAUCUGCCUGUCAGUAACCAACAAGAAGCCAGCACAGGUGUCCAUCACGAAAGUGAAGCAGUUUGAGGGCUCUUCCUCUUUUGUCAGGAGAUCACAGUGGACCCUAGACCAGUUGAGGCAGGUGAAUGGCAUGGACCCCAACAGGGAUUGCCCAGAGUUUGACUUGACGUUUGAGAAUGCGUUUGACCAGUGGGUGGCCGGCUCUUCUGGAGACAAGUGCAUGUUUGUUCAGGUCCUCCACAACACCUGCCAGCGCCACAGCGCAGAUAGAAAACCUGAGUUUGUCAACUGCCAGUCUAAGCUGCUGGGAGGUAACAGCAUCCUGCACUCUGCAGCAGACAGUGUUACCAGUGCUGUGCAGAAGGCCAGUCAGGCUCUGAAUGAGCGUGGAGAGAGACUGGGCCGCGUGGAGGAAAAAACUGGAGAUAUGAUGAACAGCGCGCAGCAGUUUGCUGAUACUGCACACAAGCUGGCCAUGAAGCACAAGUGUUAAACUGUGCCAAAUCUCGGAGCGUUCUGCCAAGGAUGGCUGGCACAUGUAAAUUGGAUGAAUUUUAGAUUUUAUUCUUUUUUUUUUUUAAACCAAAAAAGAUUUAAUAAGAUUAGUGUUAUGAAUUAACGCUGGUUUUAGUUUUUACAUCCUCCUGACAUUUCCAGAAGUGAAGUCAAAAUGCUUGUGUAGGACAAUUUGGCCCACUGACUGUGAGUGACAGCUUUAGGGCAUUGUCUCGUUUCUGGCUCCUCUUGUCCAGUUCCUGGGCAGGGAAGAAGAGGAGAGCUUUCUGGGGGACUUGGAUGCAGUACAAAACACAGGGACAAGGGGGUGCUGUUUUACAAAUGGUUGGUUAAACUGAAUACGCCCAGGAAAAAACAAUUUGUUAGCCAUGAACUUAAAUUUCACUAACUGUAUCCCUAUAGAUCUCAUUAUAUACUGUAUACCAUUAAGAGUGUAGUAUUUUUCAAAGCCGCUAGAUUAGAUUUCCAUUUUGGAGAGGGCUGAAAGUUACUUGGGAUUUAUUUAACAGCAUCACUACUUUCAGGACAUCUAAUAUCUAUAGAAUCAUUUCCCUAGAUCUUCCUAAUAUAUGCCAAACACGUACUGUGAGAAUGUAGUGCUAAUGGAAUUGAGUAUUUGGGUUUAAAAGUGCAGAGCUUUUCAUAGAUUUAAUUAGAAAAAGUGUGCUUGCAGUGAAACUGAAACACGUUCAAAUUAUGUGGUUACAUAUAGUCAUGUGCAAAAGUUUGAACACCCUAUUAAAUAUCUUUCUGCUAAUUUUAGUGCACAAUUUCUAUUUAUUUGCUUAACAAGAAAAAACAUAAAAGAAAUUAUAAAAUGUGCCAUAACUUUUGUACAGGCCACAAUGUAUUUUUUUUUUCCCUAAUAUGUUCAAUUCAACAAUUAAACAGUCAUUGUGCAGUAAAAUGAGCAGUUCUCUGUAGAUAUGUACCUAUUUUCACUCAGAAAAUCAACAAAACAUGUCAACUUGCAUAUGACUGUAUGUACACUGUAGCUUAAAUGAGGCUUGUGUGCAGAUCUCUCUCAAAACCAAAACUAAAAGCAAACAAAGCACUUUUUAACUGAAGUACAACUCUAUUGUAAAUAGAAAGCAUUUGGGUUCAGUUUUAUUUGGUCCCGAUUUUAAACAUGCAAUAAGCAGAUUGUCUUGUUUAUACCUGAUAAAGUAAAAUGGAAGAUUAGACAGGCUAAUGUGGAAGGAAUGGGCUGUUGUUUGGUGUUUAUUUUACUACAUUGGAUGCAUAGUUGAGAUUACCUUGCUGAAAAUAUGAAAAUAACACUUUCUGUAUACUUUCUUUAAACCUAACACGUUUUCACAAAAGUUGCCAUUCAUGAUAAUUUAAUUUACAACAGUCAGAUGUAAGUAUAUUAGGUGGGAAUAUUUUAAUAAAUAACUUCUGUUACAUACUAACCAUGUCCACUGCCAUUAUAUAUGGGCUUUUAACAGUGUAUGUGAGUUUCCUAAUUCAGUAACAGUAUUUGUCACCUGAUUUUCUUGUAUGAGUUCUCAAAGUUAUUGUUUUUUUUUUAUUUAUUUUUGUUUUUGAAAAUACUUCCACAUUUUUAGAUUUUGUAUAACAUAUUUGUUAAUGAACGCUUCAUGGGCGAACUGUUGUCUUAGUGCCAUUGUUUUUGUGGUGUUCAGAUUGUUACCUGUAGCUCAUUUUGUAAUAUCAGGCUUUAUCAAAAACAGCUGCUGACCAUUACCCUGUGUGUGUGUGUGCGCGUGUGCGUGUGCGUGUGAGUGUGAGUGUGAAUGUGCAUGUGUGUGUGAGCACACAGCUGAUGAUGUGCUGACAUGUUUAUCUUUUUGAUCACCCUUCACUGAAAAGCUCUUGAUCUAGUUCUUUAUUUUAAUAAAAUAUGAAACUGUUUUAAAUGUACUGUUAACUAACAUGUGCCAUCAUUUCAUUAAACACUCAGCUUUCAACAUUUCUGCAUAGUUUGAUCAUUGAGAUGUAAACGAAGAUUUAGAGUGGUCUAAUCUGAAAGGUUAGAGGAACUUACCGAGGUAGAAAUGUUCACAGUGGUAGUGAUAGGAACCAAACUUCUGAAGCAUUUAAUGCCGCUUUAAGCUAACUUACUGAAAGUUUUUCCACUUUUUACACGAGACCUUUUUAGGAUACUUGAUAAAGGUUUUGGCCUAAAACAUAUUUUUAAAAGACAUGCGGGGUGGAGAGGUACAUACAGGGUGUUGUAAGGAAAAAAGUCUGCAAUGAAACCUAAUUUUUUUGGAUGUACCACUACUUAGCAUUCUCUGCAUUAUAUAUAAGCAGAUUAAAGAGGGCCACUGGUUGUAUAGUAAAUACAAACACUAUAUUUGUGUUAUAGACAUCCCAACCCCUGGUUCCUAUUACUACUAUUGUAAAGAGUCAGUACAUUUUAAUUUCUCUACAGUUCACAUCAGACCACUCUAAAUAUUGUUGUUUAUAUCUAAAUAACUGAAUUAUGCAGACAGAAUAGAUGGAGUUUCUCUUGUUUUCUCAUCAACAUUUUUACACAGAUGACUUUAAGACAUGCUUUACAUAUGUGCACUUGAAACCUUGUGUGAGUAACUGCUCAAUAUGUCAACUUUGCCACUGCUAAUUCUCUAACAUGGUGAAUGUACUGUUUAUUGUUCAGGUCAAAAAUGUAACUUCCAGUAGGUUUGAGAUUAACACUUUAUAAAUGUGUUUGUUAUUGAUCAUGUACAGUAAAGUUUAUCAAUUCAACAGUU